AUGCUGGUUUCAAACUACACAAGUGGCACUCCAACGCCAAGGAGCUCGAGUCUGAAGGACCCGCGAGCGAGGAUUCAACUUACGCCAAAAAAAGAGCUAGGAGUACCAGUCAACGAGGAAUGCAGCUUACUCGGGCUUGGCUGGCAAACCGGAGAAGACAAGCUGAGCGUGACAAUACCGCAAGGAAACUUUGCGCUGACAAAGCGAGGGAUUUUAGCGAAGCUCGCUAAAGUUUAUGAUCCCCUGGGGCUUUUAUCGCCCACCACUCUUAGCGGUAAAUUGGUUUAUCGUUCCGUAUGCGACGCCAAGAUGGCUUGGGAUGCACCGAUCUCGGAUGAAUUGAAGAAAGUAUGGUCUAAGUGGGAAAACUCUCUUCCCCAGAGAGUUGAAGUGUCAAGGUCGCUAGUGACUCACCGUGAAGUAAUCAAGAGCAUAGAACUGCACUCGUUUGGAGACGCUUCAGCGCAAGGUGUCUCUGCUUGUGUUUACGCCGUCGUCACGCAAGAGUCUGGCGUUAAUCAAGGUCUGGUGGCAGCUAAAGCAAGACUGGCCAAGCAAGGUCUUACAAUACCACGCUUGGAGUUAGUGGCUGGCCAUUUGGCCGUUAACUUAAUCAACAAUGUCAAGGGAACUCUUGAUGGACUUCCGGUCAGCGGUCUGCACUGCUGGCCCGACAGUACAGUUGCACUCUACUGGAUAAACAACCAAGGCGACUACAAGCAGUUUGUGUCCAACCGAGUACACAAGAUAAACAGUCACCAAGAUGUCACGUGGCAUCACGUGCCAACCAAAGACAAUCCCGCUGAUCUCGGAAGCCGAGGGGGGAGCGUUGUGAAUGCUGACAUGUGGUGGAAGGGUCCGGAGUGGCUGUCCGAACCCGGAUGCUGGCCUGAAGGCAUAGUACUCGAACAGUCAGUAGAAAGCAAAGCGGAAGCUAAGCUUGUUAGACAAGUACUGUCGUUGGCUGUGGCGGAGCGCAACGAAAUCGACGAGCUCCUCGAGAAAUACCCGCUACACAAAGCUGUGAGGAUAUGCUGCUGGAUGCGCAGAUUUGCGUACAACUGCCAAAGUCGCAAGAAAGGUGUCAAGAAAAGAACUGGGCCCUUACUAACAGAGGAGACAGAGAUUCAGAGGUGCUUCUGGAUCAAGCAAGCCCAGAACAGCUGUGAUCUGUCAGACGAUCGCAUCGCGCUCAACCUACAACUCAACGGAGAAGGUCUACUCGAGUGCCGAGGACGAGUCCAGGGCCAGUAUCCAGUCUACCUACCACACGUACAUAUAUACACUCAGCGCAUAGUAGAGGAGGCGCAUUUACGCACUCUCCACGGGGGAGUGGGACUCACUAUGGCAAAAGUACGCGAAGACUUCUGGGUCCCGAGGUUGCGACAGCUGGUGCGAAAGGUGCGCAAGAAAUGCCAUGGCUGUAAGCCCUUUCAAACAGUGGCAUACUCGACCCCGCCACCCGCAGACCUUCCUGUUACAAGGACGCAAGGUACCAGCGCCUACCAAGUCAUCGGCGUAGACUUCGCUGGGCCAAUCAAAUACCGUGUUGCCAGACAGAAAGAAGAAAAGGCGUAUUUACUACUGUACACCUGCAGCCUUACGAGAGGAAUCUACCUUGACCUCCUACCAAGCCUAGAGACUCGCGUUUAUACAACUAUAGAGUUUUGUUAUACAUAGAGACACUCAAAGGAACAUUGAGACGUUACUAGAAUUCAACAUGCUAUUCCAAUCUCCUCAGUUAACAUAUAUCUUGCUCACGAUAUUUGGGGGGAGUGUGUCGGAGAUUGAGCAAUCGUGAUUAUGUAAAUUAUUCCUGAGAUCUAAUUAUCUAAACUAUUUUUAAUUAAGAGAUUAGUUGAUCACAAUAGAUACUUGUUGCAGCUGUGUAAAUAGACGCCUAGCCUUUUCCUGAUAAAACGGUAUGAAACACGCUGGUACGACAGAACGAUAGAACGAGAAGACAGUGAACAGAGACAGCGAGCAGAUCCAGAAAUCAACUGUAACUACUACAAAAUCAUUAUCCAUCUUCAAAUAAAUGUUCUUUUAAAUUCA